AUGAGGUGCGUUGCCAUCGUCUCUUUCCCCUUUACCAGGUUACGCGGCAUGGAUUCGCCGAUUGACGAAUCGGAUCUUGGCUCGCUGUCCCACCGACGAACCAGUCUAGAAGUCGAAAGGGAAGGCAAUAGAAAGGGGUCUCCCUCUCUUUGUCUUCUUCUCGCCGCUUUUCUCGUCCAUCCUGCCCUGCGCCGCUUACAGAUUCAGUUGCAGGCGGACGGGGAGUACGCAGCCGAACAACCGCAGGGGCUUCCAGCAGUGAUAGCUGAACUAACCAGAUGGGCCGCCCAAAACCUGGAGCUGACAUUGAAAUCGGAAAUCAACGUCGGACCCCGGCUAUCCGAAGAAGGCAGACUGAAGCGGAGGAGCAGAAAAUGCAACACAACAAGGAGCGAACCAAAGGCUUGUGCGAAGGAAGAAGCGAAUCAAUCAGAAUGGAGACAGGGAGGAGAGAAAAGGAAGAUUGAGCAAUGCAAAGGAGAAAGAAGUUGUCCCCUCUUAUCUGGUAACCCGCCGCCGCAUAUGUCGAAAAAGAGGGAGCGGGGAAGGAAGAACAACCGUUUUACUUUGGCACAUGAGGUGGCGGGUUUGGCUAGGUAA